AUGAAUUAUGUUUGUUUAAUUCCAAUUGUUGACCGUGUAUAUUGUUCAAGAUUUAGGGUGUUGGAAAACAGUGUACCACCUGAGGAAAAUAAGGAAUUGAGUGAAUUCUAUACGAAACUGUACAAAGCAGAUGAGAAUAUAGUUCGACCUGGUAUAGAUUACAAACUCAAUUUACAAAAACAUUUAGAUCAGAACGAUCCUUUCGUAGACUUGUCACCCGAUCCAUUGUUCGAAUAUGUUAAUGAAGAUAUAUUCAAAACCAGACCCACAUUCUCAAAGUUCAUUGCAUUACUGGAUAACUACAAUCCUCAAGUUGGUAUAAGUGACUUCGCCACAGAAGAAGAAGAAAGGGAGGAAGAUGACUUUAUCAAUGAAUUGCUAAAAACGAAAAUCAUGAAAAUGACCUAUGAUUUUCUAGUUGAAAAACAAAAGAUAUCAGGAGGAAUCGAUGAUUUGGGGAAAUUGUUGAAGGAUUUGUGGUUCAAGCGAUAUAGACGUAGACAUAUUGGAGAUUCAUCCGCUUUUGAACAUGUAUUCGUUGGUGAACAUAAAAAAUCCAUGGUGCUUGGAUUACAUAAUUGGAUACAAUAUUAUCUGAAAGAAAAGAAGAAGGAAAUAAAUUAUUAUGGAUGGAAGAAAAGUUCUGUUCAUGAACAUUUAAUCACUAUAGAAUAUCUUGAAGAAAAUAAAUAUAAAAAACCAUUAGGUUCAAUUUUUGUUGGAUCAGCUCCAGAAUUUGAUAUUGCUGUUUAUACAGUUGCUUUUUUAUGUUGUGAAAGGCAUUCAAUUCCAGUAGAAAUUGAUGGAUGUAAAGUACGAAUAAUGUGUGAAAAAUUAACACCUACUGAAAUGAGUACAUGUUAUAUGACAUAA